AGUAAAGCUGCAGUGGCAGCUAGAGGUCACGCACACAACACAAGAGAAGAAGAGCGGAAUUCUUUCCAGAGCAUUGGAUUGCUUCCCUGGACUUUUUACCUGUCCAAGUGCAAUUACAUAAUUAACUCAACAGGUUUUCCUAGUUUUGUUCUGCAGUCGCUGCAAUUCCCAAAAUGUUGGCUGUCAGAAGAGCACUGCGUCUUUGUCAAAGAGUGGCAAAUGUCAGUGUUUCGCGUCGUGGAUGCGCUGGAGCUGUUCCCGUGGACGACAUCGUGAACGGUCUCACCGAGGAGCAGAUCCAGCUCAGACAAACAGUCCAGAGAUUCUGCCAGGAGAAACUCGCUCCCUACGCUGAUGAGAUUGACAAGAAAAACGAGUUUCCCCGCAUGAGGGACUUUUGGAAGGAGAUGGGUGAGCUUGGACUACUUGGAGUUACUGCUCCAGUGGAGUACGGUGGAACAGGAUUGGGCUACCUUGAUCAUGUGAUUGUGAUGGAGGAGAUCUCCCGUGUGUCAGCAGCUAUUGCUCUCAGCUAUGGCGCGCACUCCAACUUGUGUGUAAAUCAGAUGGUUCGACAUGCAAACCAGAAACAGAAAGAGAAAUACAUCCCGAAGUUGAUGACAGGGGAACAUGUGGGUGCCUUGGCCAUGAGUGAGCCCAACUCUGGCUCUGAUGUGGUGUCCAUGAAACUGACAGCGAAAAAACAAGGGGAUCAUUACGUGUUGAACGGUAAUAAGUUCUGGAUUACGAACGGACCAGACGCAGAUGUUCUGAUUGUGUAUGCUAAAACAGACCCAGAGGCAGCAGCCCGUGGCAUCACUGCUUUCAUUGUAGAGAAGGGCAUGCCAGGAUUUAGCACAGCGCAGAAGCUGGAUAAACUGGGAAUGAGAGGAUCUAACACCUGUGAACUCGUCUUUGAAGACUGCAAGGUCCCUGAGGAAAACAUAUUGGGCCCGUUAAAUAAAGGAGUAUAUGUUAUGAUGAGUGGCUUGGACCUAGAGAGACUCGUCCUGGCUUCUGGACCUGUUGGCAUCAUGCAAGCUGUGCUUGACCAUGCAGUUCCUUACCUACAUGUUCGUGAAGCCUUUGGACAGAAAAUCGGACACUUCCAGCUAAUGCAAGGAAAAAUGGCUGAUAUGUACACCCGGCUUAGUUCAUGUCGACAAUAUUUAUACAACGUUGCCCGUGCUUGUGACAAAGGCCAUUUCAGUGCUAAGGACUGUGCUGGGGUAAUCCUUUAUUGUGCUGAGAAUGCGACUCAAGUUGCCUUGGAUGGAAUUCAAUGCCUGGGUGGAAACGGUUACAUUAAUGACUACCCAAUGGGGCGCUUCUUAAGAGACGCUAAACUUUAUGAGAUCGGAGCUGGAACCAGUGAGGUCAGAAGGAUGAUCAUUGGCAGAGCCUUCAAUGCCAUGUUCAAAUAAGUGCAGCACUUAACGAAUGAGCAUCUGGUCCUACACAGACUGGGUUGCUGUGGCCAGAUAUUUCAUUUUCAUCUGGCAUCCUAAUUUUAACACCUUUAUUAAUAUGAAGUGUAAUUGCUAGCCAGUUUCAAGACCAUGUCUUGCUGUUUUCUUUGGAUGUCAAAUGCAGUUAUAUGAUGUUCUGUAAUACAUACAUGGUGAAAUGGUCUCACAUAUAAGAAUAAAUUCAAUAGUAAGAAAUGCACAAUCCUCAAGUAAUUUUAAGAGGACAAACUGAAUUUAUUUGAUGUAGUUGAGCAGUUAAGUGCAAAUUCCCUGAAGAAAAAAAUGCUUAUGAUGAUGGAAACAGCCAGAAGAAUUAAUUUGUCCCAGGAGCCUUUUUAUGGGACAUGGGUGUUUCUGUUGCACGAUACUUGUAUAGAACUUGCGGUUGUCUUGUUUGUUUUUUUUCUCAGAACAUGGUCACUCCGUGCAUGUAAGCUAUUCUGCAUAUCCCCUCUGCCCCUCUAACAUCAUUAGGGGCUCUUUCUCAUAUAUGAACAAAAAAGGGUUUCUUUAUAGAGGACAUUUAUUGAAAUGUGUGUCAUGCAGAUAUUCUUUUCCUCUUUUAUUUCUUUGUAUUAUUGUUGAAUUAAUGUUCAAAAGAAGUAGCACAUUUUUUAAAUAAGCUGUUGUACUGACCAUCAUACCUUUGGGUUUUCAGAAUCCUGCCUUACUGAAUAAUUGCUUCAUGUAUUUGAAAUAAAUUAUUGUUUAGAAUAAACAUUAUCUUCCUUUCA